AUGCUGUGCUGUACUGCCAAAAGUCCUGGUACUACUACUACUAGUGCUGGUACUGCUAGUAGUGCUGGUACUGCAAAUAGUGCUGGUACUGCCAGUAAUGGUGGUACUACCAGUAGUGCUGGUACUACAAGUAGUGCUGGUACUACUAGUAGUGCUGGUACUGCAAGUAGUGCUGGUACUGCCAGUAAUGGUGGUACUACCAGUAGUGCUGGUACUACCAGUAGUGCUGGUACUACCAGUAGUGCUGGUACUACCAGUAGUGCUGGUACUACCAGUAGUGCUGGUACUACCAGUAGUGAUGAUACCGCCAGUAAUGCUGGUACUACCAGUAGUGCUGGUUCUACCAGUAGUGCUGACACUACCAGUAGUGCUGGUACUGCUACUAGUGCUGGUAUUGCUAGUAGUGCUGGUACUGCUAGUAGUGCUGGUACUGCCAGUUGUGCUAGUACCGCUAGUAGUGCUGGUAUUACUAGUAGUGCUGGUAUUACUAGUAGUGCUGGUACUACUAGUAGUACUGGUACUGCUGGUAGUGCUGGUACUGUUAGUAGUGCUGGUACUACUACCAGUGCUGGUACUACUACCAGUGCUGGUACUACUAGUAGUGCUGGUACUACUAGUAGUGCUGGUACUGCCAGUAAUGCUGGUACUACCAGUAAUGCUGGUACUACAAGUAGUGCUGGUACUACUAGUAGUGCUGGUACUACAAGUAGUGCUGGUACUACAAGUAGUGCUGGUACUACUAGUAGUGCUGGUACUGCCAGUAAUGCUGGUACUACAAGUAGUGCUGGUACUACAAGUAGUGCUGGUACUACUACUAGUGCUGGUACUACAAGUAGUGCUGGUAUUACUAGUAGUGCUGGUACUACUAGCAGUGCUGGUACUACUAGUAGUGCUGGUAUUACUAGUAGUGCUGGUAUUACUAGUAGUGCUGGUAUUACUAGUAGUUCUGGUACUACUAGCAUUGCUGGCACCGAGAGGUUUGAUACAGACAACAUGGUGCUGGCUGAAGCGUAA